AUGCGGGAAGCUCACACAAGAAGAAAGAGUUACAAAGGUGUGGUUCUCAAUGGUGAUGGUGGGAGACAAGGUAGAGAGCAAGAGUAUAAAGAGUAUGUGGGAAAAGGGAAGGGGAAGAUGUAUGAGGAGAACAGAAACACUGGAUUAGAGUCCCUGAGAAGGAUAGCUACAAAGACCACUCUCAUCGCAACAGUCACAGGGGUUCUAGGUCUGAUCGAUCAAGGGAGUAUCAUUUCGAGGAGCGGAGUAGGUCAUUCCGAGGAACGAGACGUGAGGCUCGGGAGGAGGGAGAGUUUCAUAAUCAGGAACAAAAAGUAA